GCAUUUGUCCCGCGCGGCCGGAAAUACACGUGCACGAUUUGUGAUCUCGCGAGAUUCUUCUGCGAAGCCACGUACAACCGCAAAUGUGUGGUGUGUCCAUGCUAACAGCUAAAGUUGCCUACCUUCACACAAAAUUUCGAAAGUCCAUCUUAUCUGCGUGAAUUAUACACCAGAGGAAGCGCCAAAAUGAGUAUACUUGCCAAGAUAGCAGAGAUUGAAAAUGAGAUGGCCAGGACGCAGAGGAACAAGGCCACUGCUCACCACUUGGGUCUGCUCAAAGCACGUCUGGCCAAACUGAGGAGGGAGCUUAUAACACCCAAAGGCGGCAGUGGGGGAGGAACUGGAGAAGGUUUUGAUGUUGCGAAAACCGGCGAUGCCCGAGUGGGCUUUAUUGGUUUUCCUUCAGUAGGAAAAUCAACACUGCUGAGUAAUCUUGCUGGUGUUUAUUCUGAAGUCGCUGCUUAUGAGUUCACCACUCUCACAACAGUACCCGGAGUCAUUCGGUAUAAAGGGGCAAAAAUUCAGCUCCUGGAUCUCCCGGGAAUCAUUGAAGGAGCAAAGGAUGGCAAAGGCAGAGGCAGACAGGUCAUUGCAGUGGCUCGAACCUGCAAUCUAAUCCUCAUCGUGCUUGAUGUGUUGAAGCCUCUUGUUCACAAGAAGCUAAUAGAGCACGAGCUGGAGGGCUUUGGUAUCAGACUUAACCAGCAGCCUCCUAACAUUGGUUUCAAGAAGAAGGACAAAGGAGGCAUCAACUUUACCGCCACAUGUGCACAGAGCGAGCUUGAUGCUGAAACGGUUAAGACCAUUCUGGCCGAGUACAAGAUCCACAACGCCGACAUCACUCUGCGCAGCGACUCCACCGCUGAUGACCUCAUUGACGUGGUGGAAGGCAAUCGGGUCUACAUCCCAUGCAUUUUUGUGCUCAACAAAAUCGACCAGAUCUCCAUUGAGGAGCUUGACAUCAUCUACAAGGUGCCCCACUGUGUCCCCAUCUCUGCCCACCACCGCUGGAACUUUGAUGACCUGUUGGAGAAGAUGUGGGACUACCUAAAGCUUGUGCGCAUUUACACCAAACCAAAAGGCCAGCUGCCUGACUACACGUCUCCCGUUGUCCUCCCUGAUGGACGGACCUCAGUGGAGGAUUUCUGCUUGAAGAUCCACAAAAACCUCAUCAAAGAAUUAAAGUAUGCACUCGUGUGGGGCGCAUCUGUGAAACACAACCCUCAAAAGGUGGGCAAGGACCACGUGAUGGAGGAUGAAGACGUUAUCCAGCUGGUGAAAAAAUAAAAACAAUCUUAAGUCAUUGCAUGGCCUGUCUAUCACAAAGUGUUCUGUACAGCUGCUCAGUAAAACACCAAACAUGUCCAUCACAGCAUUUGUGUCCUGUGGUUUCAAAUGGCUGCCUUUCAUUUAAAAACGGUGGCACAGAUGUGUCACAUUGGAAAUCUCACAGUACUUAACACCUUGAAUAGUUCAUAUUGAAUAUUGGUUAAGGCUUGCAUUUAAAUAAAACUAUAAUAAAAA